AUGCCAUCCUCUCCUUCUUCCCCUCAAGCCCUCACGGCCAUCUUCCUCCUCUUGACAUUAAUAGUCUCCCGAUUAACUCCCGCGAGCUCAGCCGCCUGCACUUCCGAGACCUUCUCCAGCCGCCGGCCACCAGCCUACGACUCGUGCCUCGACCUCCCCGCCCUCGACUCCCGCCUCCACUGGUCCUACGACCCAGCCCAAUCCAUCCUCGACAUCGCCUUCGCAGCCCGACCCGCCGAGCCUGACGGGUGGGUCUCGUGGGCCAUCAACCCGACGGGCCAGGGCAUGGUGGGCUCACAGGCCCUGGCCGCUUUCCGGGACUCGAACGGGCGAAUAACCGUCAGGAAAUACAACGUGUCGUCGUAUGGCCCGUUGGGGGAGGAAUCGACCCGGUUGUGGUACAAUGUGAAGGAGGCAUCGGCCGAGUUUUCCGGCGGGCUCGUGAGGCUGUUCGCCACCCUGGCAUUGCCGGAGAAGGGGCUGGCGGCCGUGAACCACGUGUGGCAGACGGGCGGGUCGGUCACUGGAGGCGUGCCUGACAAGCAUGCAUUCGGGCAGGGGAAUUUGAAUUCGAUGGGGCGGUUGGAUUUGCUGACAGGGCAGAGCACGGGCAGCGGAGCGGGCAGGGGCAAUUCGAGGGCAGAGAAGAGGAAUGUUCACGGAGUAUUGAAUGUCAUAAGCUGGGGAAUAUUGUUUCCCAUCGGUAUCGUGUUUGCGAGAUACUUGAGGAUUUUCCCGUCUGCAGACCCUGCCUGGUUUUACCUCCACGUUUCUUGCCAGGUCAUUGCCUAUGCCAUUGGGGUAGCUGGUUGGGCAACCGGUUUGAAGCUCGGUAGCGAAUCAGAAGGCGUUACAUAUUCUUACCAUAGGAAUAUUGGGAUCACGCUCUUUGUUCUAGCGACUAUGCAGGUAUUUGCAUUGGUGCUUAGACCUAAAAAGGAUCACAAGUAUCGACUUUAUUGGAACAUCUACCAUCAUGGGGUCGGAUACACGAUCGUUGCCCUCUCUCUCAUCAACGUGUUCAAAGGUUUCGAUAUUCUGAGGCCCGAAGCCAAGUGGCGAAAUGCGUAUCUUGUUGUGAUUGUUGUGGUGGCUUCAGUUGCCGCAUUGUUGGAAGUGAUCACGUGGAUAGUCACUCUAAGGAGGAAGAAAUACAAUACAAUAACCUCAUAA